GCCGGGCCGGCCGGGCGGCGCCAUGUCCGGCGAGGACGGCCCGGGGGCGGCCGCUCGCGAGCGGCGGCGGGAGCAGCUGCGGCAGUGGGGGGCGCGGGCGGGCGCCGAGCCGGGGCCCGGGGAGCGGCGCGCCCGCACCGUGCGCUUCGAGCGCGCCGCCGAGUUCCUGGCGGCCUGCGCGGGCGGCGACCUGGACGAGGCGCGCCUGAUGCUGCGCUCGGCCGAGCCCGCGCCCGAGCCCGGCGCCCAGCCCGAGCCCGCCGGCCCGCCGCCCGCCCGCGCCGUGCUGGACGCCACCAACGCCGACGGCAUCAGCGCCCUGCACCAGGUCAGCGCCGCCGCGGCUCCCGCGCUCGCCCGCGCGCCCCCUCCCCGGCGCCGCCGGCGCCCCUCGCAGCCCCUCCUGCUCCCCGGCCACCUCCUGCGCCCACUCCGGAGCCGCCCGGCGCUGCCCUCCCCCUGGACCCCGGCCGCCCCGGCGGGCGCGGACUGCUCAGCAAUCCGGCCCUGGUCGCCGCCGCUGCGUGAGCUGCGCUCGCCCGGGACCCCGCGGCGCCCUUUGCUAGUCUCGUCUGUGCCACUUCUGCUCUGCCACCGAAUGCUGCCGCCUCUUUCCGCGACACCUUUUCAAGCUCCGCCUGUGCCACCUCUUCUGGCAAUACUGUUCCACCCCCCUGUCGCGCUGGGUUCCCCUGCCAGGCAGGCCUGCAUCGACGAGAACCUGGAGGUGGUGCGCUUUCUGGUGGAACAGGGUGCCACUGUGAACCAGGCAGACAAUGAGGGCUGGACGCCUCUGCACGUGGCCGCCUCCUGUGGCCACCUGGACAUUGCCAGGUACCUCCUGAGCCAUGGCGCCAACAUCGCUGCUGUCAACAGCGACGGGGACCUGGCCCUGGACCUGGCUGAGGCCGACGCCAUGGAGGGGCUGCUCCGGGCCGAGAUCACCCGCCGAGGUGUGGAUGUGGAGGCAGCCAAACGGGCCGAGGAGGAGCUGCUUCUCCGUGACACUCAGUGCUGGCUGAAUGGGGGCGCCAUGCCCGAGGCCCGGCACCCCCGCACGGGGGCCUCAGCCCUGCAUGUGGCCGCCGCCAAGGGCUACAUCGAAGUGAUGAGGCUGCUCCUGCAGGCUGGCUACGACCCUGAGCUCCGGGACUGGGAUGGCUGGACCCCGCUGCACGCGGCCGCACACUGGGGCGUGGAGGACGCCUGCCGCCUGUUGGCUGAGCACGGCGGGGGCAUGGACUCGCUGACGCAUGCGGGCCAACGUCCCUGCGACCUGGCGGACGAAGAGGUGCUGAGUCUGCUGGAGGAGCUGGCCCAGAAGCAGGAGGACCUGCGCAAGGAUGCCUCCCAGAGCCGCAGCCCAGAAGCACAGGGGCCCAGCAGCAGCAGGCACUGCAGGAGCUCCGUGUGCCGGCUGAGCAGCCGUGAGAAGACCUCCCUGCAGGACCUGUCCAAGGAGCGCCGGCCUGAGGGGGCUGGGGGUGCCCUGGUCCGAAAUGAGGAUGAGGGAGAAGAGGGACCAGCAGGGCCACCCCCCGCAGAGUCCAGAGCCCUCAAUGGCGUGUCCUCCCUGCCCCCCACGAGCCGCCAGAGCCCUGUGCUUCCCACCGAGGAUCCCUUCCCCAGGCGCUUUGGCCUCCAGAAGACAGGAAGUGCUGGGGCCCUGGGCCCCUCAAACCAGCCGGGCUCCAAGGACACCCUGGGGGCUGGCCUGCAGCGCUCUGCCUCCUCCUCAGGGCUGGAGAGGACCCCCACCCAGGCCAGGGAGCCCUGUCUUGCCAGAAUCACCCCGAGCCUCGCCCAGAAGAUGCUGGAGCCUCCUGCCCCUCCUCCAGAACCCGAAGCCCUAGUGGAGAAGCCAAAUGUCCCUUCGGCCGCCCCUGCACCCCCAGUGGACUCCCGCGAUCGUUGGAGGUCCUACCAGAUGCCCGUGCGGGAUGAGGAGUCGGAGUCGCAGAGGAAGGCCCGCUCUCGGCUGAUGCGCCAGAACCGGAGGCCUACGCAGGGGGUGACACUGACCGACCUGAAGGAAGCCGAGAAGGUGGCUGGAAAGGCCACUGAGCUGGACACAUCGAGCCGGGAUCUCUGUCGGCGGCCACAAGUGCCCGGACUGGAGAUGUCAGAUGGCCCCUCAUGCAGAGAAGUGCUCCAGGUUCCCGACCAGGGGCCACCAGCAGCCAGGGAGCCUCUCAGAGUUGGCAAGGACUGGAGGGGGCCGGCAGAGGGGGAGGAGGUGGAGCUGACCCAAGGCAGCACAGAAAGCAGCGCUCCAGAGCGCGGCCCCUGCUUCCGCACGCCGCGGGACCCGAACCCCACCACCGAACCCCAGUCAGAAGAGCAUGACGGAGACUUCCGGAAGCUGUACGCAGAGCUGCGCGUGGAGAACCAGCGCCUUCGUGAGGCCCUGACCGAGACCACGCUGCAGCUGGCGCAGCUCAAAGUGGAGCUGGAGCGAGCCACCCAGAGGCAGGAACGCUUUGCAGAGAGGCCGGCCCUUCUUGAGCUGGAGAGAUUCGAACGCAGGGCCCUCGAGCGCAAGGCAUCAGAGCUGGAGGAGGAGCUGAAGGCCCUGUCCGACCUCCGGGCCGACAACCAGCGGCUCAAGGAUGAGAAUGCAGCCCUGAUCCGCGUCAUUAGCAAACUCUCCAAAUGAGCCCAGAGGGGCUCCCCGCACCCAUAUUUAUACAGCUGCUUCUGCCACGAGCACCCUUCCCCCACGGGACCACAGUGUCAGGGCUGGGGCAUCUCUGAGAAGCCAUAGCCUCCCCUUGGGACCUCUGGGCUGUAAGGGGACGAAGCCACAGGAGCCGAGGGGGCCCAUCAGAGGCCAGGAUGGAGGCAGGUGGGGGUUCCAAGGUUGGAGGCAGGACCAGUAGCCAGGACCAAGUGGUCUCCUGCCCGGAGCUGCCCUUCUCACGUGUGAUGCCACCAUUCCCCUCCCCGUCCUGAACAGGGAUCCGAGAAUGUGCCAAGAGCCCCACCGGCCUCGGUCAGUGGGCUUGUGUGGGUCCAUGUGCAAUAUGGGGGUGCCUUUCUAUUUUUGCUGCCCCCUGCUCGCCUGCCGUCAGGGCAGGGGGAGAAGGUAUUUUCGAGACAAAGUAUAGGCACCACCAAUAAAAGUUGUGACGUUGCCA